GCUACACAACCGGCAGCUUUCUCACAGCAUGAGGCCUUCCUGUCAUUAGAGAAUUGUCUGCAGAGCCCGGUAUCUGAGGCUCCUGAUGUUCUGACUAACGAUGAUGGAAUAUGGCGUCACCGAGCGAUGGAUGCGCCGGGGGUUCGAGAAGUUCGGUCGGUGCCUCGCCCGCCAUCCCAACGCCUUUCUCCUCGCCUCGCUGGCUCUCGGAGGCAUUCUAGGAGGCGGACUCUUCUUCUUAAGCAACGAAGGUUCCAUCGAGAAGCUGUACACACCCGAAGACGGCCCGGCGAAGGUUGAGAGGGAAUAUGUACGGGCGAACUUCCCGAUUAACGAUUCAGAACACUUCUUACCCUCCCGGGUGAUCACUGCAGGCCGCUACGGGGCUGUGAUCAUCCGGCCCCGAGGAGAAAUCUCGGACAGUGUGCUGGACAGGACGGUACUAGACGCCACAGUUUUCUUACAAAAGAACAUAUCAGGCAUAGUAACAGAAGAUCUCAGGUUGAGUUAUGCAGACGUCUGUGCCAAGUGGCGAACCGACUGCGUUGUCAGCGGGCUGGACUUGCUAGACUUUAUCGCAGAAGGUUUCCCAAACCUUACUGUCGGCUACCCGUGGACUUUCUUACCAGGAGGCUCAAGAACAUUCAGCGGAGCGAUUCUUGGAGAUGUGAGUCUUAAAGACGGGACCGAGACCGUCAAGAAGGCGGGGGCCUUGAAGCUGGUCUACCAUCUUCGCUCUUCUCAAGACGAUGACGACAGAAGGAGUGAGAUGUGGGAGAAAGCCUUCCAGAACAAGAUGGCGGCGUUUUCUUCUGACGUCAUCACCGUGACGUGGUCGACGUCACACUCUCUGGAGUCGGAGAUUACCGACAUGACGACACGAGCCGUGCCGAGCCUGGCGGCCUACACGGGGAGCGUGCUGCUGGCAUUUGCCGUGCUGUCGUGCGUGAUGAGGGACCCGGUACGGAGCAAGCCGUUCCUCGGGAUGGUGGGGGUGCUGGGGGCGGGUAUGGCCGUCAUGGCCACCCUGGGACUCUUCUCGUACUGCGGGGUCAGCUUCAACAACCUGGUGGCCGCCAUGCCGUUCCUCGUCAUCGGUGUGGGUGUGGACAACAUGUUUAUCCUGCUGGCGGCGUGGCGCCGGACGAGCCCCGGGCGCGGUGUGGAGGAGCGGGCGGCGGAAACCUUCACGGAGGCCGGCGUGUCCAUCACCAUCACCGCGCUGACCAACGCGCUGGCCUUCGCCGUGGGCGCCAUCACAAGCUUCCCGGGUGUGCGGAUUUUCUGCCUGUACAGCGGGGUGGCCGUGUUGUUUGCGUACCUGUUCCAGAUCAACUUCUUCGGCGCGUGCCUGAUUUACGACGGGAUCCGCGAGCACCAGAACCGGCACUUCCUCUCCUGCAUGCCGGUCGCCGUACCGACCCAGACCGACAAACCCGGCUGCUCUCAGCGGUCCUUCUAUUCGGGAGACGGGGCAACAGGAGCUGACAGGGAGGCCAAAGACCACAACGACCACCUUCUCAUGUUGUUCUUCAAGAACUACUACGGACCUUUCAUGACUCAUAAGUGGGUAAAAGCGGUGGUGAUUACGGCGUUUCUCGGGUACAUCGCGGUAGCGGUCUGGGGGUGCACGCAGCUGAGGGAGGGGGUCCCGCUGAGUAAGCUGGCGGGGGACGGAUCGUACGUAGCCCGCUAUCUCGAACAGGACGACCAGUACUUCAGCAGGUAUGAUGUCAGAGUCGCUGUCAUGGUAACGGAAAGGGUGGACUAUUGGGACCCGGAAGUACAGGACCGGUUGGAAGAGAUGUUGGGUGAUUUUGAAGACACGGACUUUACAUGCGGUAAAAACGAGUCCGAAUCCUGGCUUCGCGUUUAUCUCAAGGUUUCUGACCAAAUCCCUGGCCUAAAUCUGACCGACAAAACUUCUUUCAUGACUGGACUUAAAGACGUGUUCCUCAAGACCCCAGGUUUGGACAGAUUCUCGUACGACCUUCACUUCGGCGAGAACAACAGCGUUAUUCUCGCCAGCCGGUUCUUCGUCCAAACCAAACAAAUUGACGACACCCUGAAGGAAAAGCACAUGAUGCUCGCAAUGAGAGGCGUUGCCAAAAACGCGCCCGUACGAACCGUGGUGUACCACCCAGCGUUUGUGUACUAUGACCAGUACACGGCCAUUCUGCCUAACACGCUACAGAACCUAGGCAUCGCAACGGUCGCCAUGUUAGUUGUAUCCCUUAUCCUUAUGCCACACCCCAUCCACGCACUAUGGGUGACCCUGGCCAUAGCGUCCAUCUGUCUUGGCGUUGUUGGGUUUAUGACACUGUGGGGAACGAACCUAGACAACAUUUCCAUGAUCAGCCUCAUCAUGUGUAUCGGGUUCUCCGUCGACUUUUCCGCCCACUUUAUCUACUCAUUUGUCUCAGCAGAAGAAAGUUCACGAAACGCCAAAGUUGUGCACGCGCUGUAUAGCCUGGGGGUACCGAUUCUCCAGGGGUCCAUCUCAACAGUUCUAGGCGUCGCUGCGCUAAGUAACGCACCGUCUUACGGUUUCAGGACGUUCUUUAAGACGGUGUUCUUAGUAGUUGUGUUCGGCCUUCUCCACGGGAUAGUGUUUCUUCCCGCCAUGUUGUCUUGUGUUUGGCCGAAAUUUAAGAUUUGUAAGAUCGUGUGUUGUUCCUCAGAGGAUAAGUUACUUCGUAUCGCACCAGCGAAAAGUACGGCAGAUUUGCCAGAAAUUCACAGAAAAAGAGAAGUUCAUUCUAUUACUCUCACGCCCGUGGAAGGGACUUCAAACCAAGCAUACGAGUCAGAGAAAGAACCAGGAGAGUUGCCUUUCACUGUUUCUACUGUAGAAUAUACCACAAAUCCGUAUGAGUUACAGAGAGACAGAGGGGCCUCCCCUUUUCCUAUCAUCCUUACACCAGACUAG